ACACACAGGGCAGACUUUGAGUGAAGAGGUAGGGUCUACCUUUACUACAAUAAAAUGUAACGUCACAGUUAACAUUAAUAAUAUAACUAGAGUAGGUUUUUUUUCCUAUUAAGUACCAGAGCAUUCGGUUAAACUGCUCUGUAUGCUCCGUGGGGGGUUUAUGUAAAGUUUUCAGCUUGCUUUGCGUGUUCUCAUUGAUUGGCCAUCGGAAGUCCUCGGUACCUUCAUGGCUUUGAUAGCGACUGACCAAGGCUGCAAACUGAACGGGACGGUGGAGAUUUACAGCAGAGUUGGAGCAAGAAAAGACGUGUUUCAUGGAAAAAUGGACGGCUUUAAAACUGCUCAAAUACAGCCCAAAGAUGCGGAAUAUUCAACAGAUGGCCUGCCCAAAGCCUUCCUCCACAGCCUGAGGACUCUGUUUGACAUUUUGGAUGACGGCGGACGGGGAUACGUCCACAUUUCCGAGAUCGAGAGCCGCUGGCAAGGCGCAGACACCCGGGACCUGCCCGGCGGGGUGCUGGGCUGCCUCCGGAGGGUCGCCCCGCCGCAUGGCUGCCUCACCUUUGAGCGGUUCGUUGCGGGGCUGCGGUACUCCAUGCUCAACCCGGAGAACAGUAACCACUUCAAGGUUCAGGCAGCCGUGCACCCGCAGCAGAUUUCGAAACAGACCCAAAAAGCCGCCGCCACGGUGGCCAGCUGCGGGGUCGGGACCCGGGCUGAGAACAAGGUCCGACCGCUGGGUCCGAGCAAUGUCACCAACACCCAGCAGCACCGGGCGUCCUCUCUGCAGUGCCGGACCAGGCCGGAGGAGGGGCACGGUGCUUACCCCGCUUGUGGACCUGCGAGGUACAACGCGGGCUUCGAGAGGUCCGGGCGGAGUCUGGAACGGAUUCCAGUUGCUCCGGAGGGCGGGUGUUACCGGACCGACCAAGGCCACCUCACCAAACCGGCCCAGGCGCAGCAGAGCCGAGUCCGGUCCAUUGAGUCACUGGCUCUGGAGUCCCCUCAGCUUUCAGGGCCGAGCGUUGUGAAAUCAGGUUUACCCAGAUCAAUGAGUGAAUCUGCAACAGGAUUUACCGGCAACUCCAGACGACACGGGCGGAGUCGAGAAGAGCAAAGGCGGCACACCAUAUCCAAUGGAGUGGAUUAUGGCAUGCUGAAGCAAAUGAAGGAGCUAGAGCAAGAGAAGGACUCCCUGCUGGCAGGCCUGGAGGUGGUGGAGCGAGCUAGAGACUGGUACCAGAGCCAAAUCCACAACGUCACUGAGAGACAGCGACAAGUCGGCCAGAGCUCCCAUGUCGCAGAUUUAUUCACAGAAGCAAGUCAGAGUCGCAUGAAUGUUUUAAUUCCUAAACUGCAAGAAGUCAACCGCUGCCUCAAUGACCUUAUUACCUGUAAUGGGAUGCCCUUUCCUUCCGGUGGCUCUCAGACAGCAGCACUGUCCAGCAGCUCUCAGCCUCCGCCUCCAGCUCCUCCACAGGCCAUCCAGAGACUGAAGGACCAGAAUCGACUCCUCACACAGGAGGUGACGGAGAAGAGUGAGCGGAUCACCCAGCUGGAGCAAGAAAAGUCGGCUUUGAUCAAACAACUUUUUGAAGCUCGUGCCCGCAGUGCACAAGACACAAGCACCAUGGAUUCAACUUUCAUCUGAAGCCUCCACACGACACCUUUACAUGAGUAUCUUUAAGCUAGGAAACGAGCACAAGGAGCUAAAGAUGUAAUCCUGACAUCUGCACUGCUUUGGAGCAAAAAAGACUGAACCGAACUGAUCCUAGUUGUUGUUUACCUAAAUGAUCAUGUGCGGCAGUGACGCACCUUUAGCCAUGACACUCCCUCGACUGCACCAUGUGACAACUACUCACCAGAACCGAACCAUGCACUACCUACGAGUAAACACUUAAGGAGCCCAUGUUACGUGACUGGACAGAGAAUCUAGGAUGUAUUGCUGUCUUGUUUUCUCCCAAAACCCCCAGUGCUCCUGCCUCACAAACAAGACUGGAACAAUAUAAAGAAAAAACAGUCUCUAGAGAUCACAUCACUCCAUUUCUUGCAGGAUUACAGCAUCUGCCAGAUUUCCACUCCUACUCCCAAAAGAAUGCUUUUUUUUUUUUUUUAACCACUGAUGCUUGACUGCAAAAGCAGUAGAGGAUUAUUAAAUCUGAAAUUGGGAACCUAACAAGUAUUGCACAAAGUAGAAGAAUGGUUUCUGUUGGAAUAAAAUGCCAUAUGUCUUCACAGGGGAAUAAGAAAACAAAUCAUCAGCUGUAUCUGCUUGCUGUGACCUAUCAAUGCUUAUUUUAUUUUUUUUAGGUUUGGUACUUUUGAUCUAAACCUUAAUGGGAUAGACAUUUCCCAUGUCUUCAGUAUUUCCUCUUUUAAUGCAAACCAGUGAUGCAUAAUAUGUUUACUUGACAUUGGGAUUAUGAUUUGUAGUGUUUACUUUCAAACACAAACACACACAACUGUUCUUAUAUUACAGCAUGUUUAAGCUCUUUUGACAUUUUUUCUUUUUAAAGAUUGGAAUAAGAUGCAGGAGGACAACCUAUAAGCCAAUGAGAUGUAGAGGUGGAGGCAGAUGAGAGAAGAGUGGAAAUUUGCAUGUAGCAGAGAGUGGAGGAGGAUAAACCCGUUAGACGGUGAAUGUGUCUGAGUGUGAGCUCUGUGGUUGGCAGAUCUUCUGAUUUUAUGUCAGAAACAAAACAUAAGUCUUCACUUUGGCUCUUUGUUGCCAUAUCCACUGUCUUCACAAUAGUGACAUUUACUCAGUUUGUUUUUUUCUCUAUUUUUAGCUCAAAAUAUUUUUUACUUUGAAGACGUUUCCUUUUGAGAUUUAACAUUAAGCACAGAAGAAAAAAAAAAAAAAAAACUAAACAAAAAACUUUUUCCAUAGAAGCAUCUUUUUUUUUCCUUACCAGGAUCUGCCUGGAUAUGGAUGGUUUUAGAUGAUAAUGUAAAAACAGUUAAUCAUCCUCAAGUUUACAAUGAGAAGUAUGUAGUUAGUGGGUUGCAGUAGGGACGAAGACAGUAGCUUGUUGUAAUGGAAGUGUACGGUACUGAUGACAUGUCUGCAUGUUAACAUAGUUCUAAACUCUUGGUGUCUCUUUCCCACUUAUUUGAUUGUAUGUGUCUUGCUGCUUAAACCACUUUAUUUGUGAGUGAAACUCUUUUCUUUCUGAUUUCUCGAGUCAUGAGGUUCAGAUAAAAUGUAAAAUAAUAAAUAUGACCAAACACUCUU